AUGGGGGGUGUGAUGUCGUCAAUAGUUCCUGGUGUGUAUGUUGGAGGUCUGACUAGUGCUAGGUCAGAAAGUGAAUUGAAUCAGUGCCAAAUUACACAUAUAUGCAGCGCCUUCCAAUAUCCCUUGUCGCUUGACUCGAGGCGUGUUCACAAACAGUUCGUCGUUCAGGACUCACCAGAUGAAGACAUUGGCAAACACUUUGUCGAUGCAGCUGAUUUUAUUCAUGGAGCUCGAGUUAAUCAUGGAACAGUUCUUAUUCACUGCGCCUGCGGCAUCUCCCGUAGCGUCUCCCUAACAAUGGCCUAUUUACUCUGCAUUACUGAUUUCAAACUUCGAGACAUCUACAAAGGCAUGCGAGCCGCCCGUCUAGGAGCCUGUCCCAAUUACGGAUUCCUGCGCCAACUGCAGCGGUUCGAGGAGUCGGGUGACAACUUGAAAGCGCGGCAAUUCCUCCUUGCAAAAUACGGUGCCUGGCCAGCAGAGAAGGCUGCAGCAGAUCAAGCAGCAAUGGAGGCACACAUUGCGGCUCAAGAAGCUUUCAUCCAGACCGGUUACUACCCCUGGGACGAGCGACCAUCCCCUGCGCCCGCACAAGGAGAGAAACCAACAUCUACGCGUUUCAUUUGUCGCUUAUCUGACGGUGCCAGCACCCUGGAGGAGGCUCUGGCUUCUGCUCCUCCCUCGGACCAAUAG